CGGCUCCGACAGAGCAUGAAGCCCCAUUUAACCUUCCAACAAAGCAGUUCAGGAGCAACAUAAAAGCCUCCCACUGAAAAGAACACAAAAGUGGGAGGAAAAAUGACACAAAAUGACUAUUGUAUCAAUGAACGCCAAGAAGUGUCUCAGUUUAAAGUGUGGUCGAUAAGUCGUGUUGGGUACUUUGGAGACAUGAUUUAAAAAAAAGUCUCAGAAACUAUAUCCAGGUGCGGAGCUCCACUCCACUGAUAUCUCCUUAUUACAGUACAACUAAGUUUAAGAAAAGUGGAGGAAGCUUUGACAUAAAAUGCUCCUUUAAGAUGGUAUGAGUAUCUUAAGAUGUUUGUUAUUUAAGCUGCAGCACGCAGUAAUUACUGAUCUGUAACUGGAAAAUUGGGUGAUUUUCUUUCGUAUCACUUAACACGAAACUUUGCCAUGGUUCACUUGCUAUUGUUGCAUAAUUUUCUACUGUACUGCACGGUCCUGUGCGCUCCUGGUGCCCCGGCGCUGCGGCCUGUCGCUUGUGUUCCAUCACCUAGCCCCGCUCUCCCGGUCGGGGGUCGCGUUAACGAGCUCCUCCUUCUCGUUUCGGGGAUUUACCCCGGGGCGCACUGACCACUGGACGCACUGAGGAGGCACGUAGGAUUACUGCCACGCAGCCGAAUGAGCUUCAACUUAACGGAGCCACUUGAUCACAGGAUUCCGAGCUCAUUGAAAAAACAGCACGGAACAAGGCAAAUGGAAGACGGUACUACUAAAUGAAAAUAUGAAUUCACUUAUCCAGAGGUGCCAAUUACGCACAGGGGAUGCGCUGAACAUUUCAGCAAGCUAAAUCACAACAAAAGGUAAGUAGAUGUUUUUGGUUUUUUUAAUAACUACAAUCAAUAACUAGAAAUAAAAACUUUUUUUGUGAGAUCAUGUUCUCAUUGUCUCUGGCUCACCUGAGUUUAGCUGUUUCUUCCAAACAGCUGUUUUGUUUUUUUAUUCUGGAGACUUGUAGAUCUUCUGUCACUGAUGACGGUCACAUACACGGCUAGAGUUGCAAACGCCCGAUUCUGUGGCUUCUCCAAGCUGCUCUGGGCUUGGAAAGGGAGCAUCUACAAGGUGUUAUAUAAAGAAUUCCUGGCUUUCUUUGCCAUGUAUACCGCCAUCAGUAUUACUUACAGAUUUUUCCUGUAUGAUGACCAGAAAAGGUAUUUCGAAAAGCUGGCAAUUUACUGCAAUCACUAUGCCAGUCUCAUCCCCAUGUCUUUUGUACUGGGUUUCUAUGUGACCCUGGUGGUGAACAGGUGGUGGAACCAGUACACCAGCAUCCCACUCCCUGACAGACUCAUGUGCGUCCUGUCAGGCGGCCUCCAGGGGAGCGACGAGCGAGGCCGUCUGCUGAGGCGCACCAUGAUGCGCUACGCCAGUCUGUCAGCCCUGCUCAUCCUCCGCUCUGUCAGCACUGCUGUCUUCAAACGUUUCCCCACCAUGGACCACGUGGUAGAGGCUGGAUUCAUGACAAGAGAUGAGCGAAAGAAGUUUGAGGGUCUCCACUCUCCAUAUAACAAGUACUGGAUUCCCUGUGUUUGGUUCACCAACUUGGCUGCUAUGGCUCGCUGCGAGGGCAGAAUCAAAGACAAUCACACUCUCAAAUUACUGCUGGAGGAACUGAAUGCAUUCAGAGGGAAGUGUAGCAUGCUGUUUCAUUAUGACAUGAUCAGUGUUCCUCUGGUCUACACUCAGGUGGUGACUUUGGCCGUGUACAGUUUUUUCCUGGUGUGUCUAAUUGGUCGCCAGUUCCUGGACCCCAGUCAAGGUUAUCCAGGUCAUGACCUUGACCUCUAUGUGCCCAUCUUCACUCUACUGCAGUUCUUCUUUUAUGCAGGCUGGCUCAAGGUUGCUGAGCAGCUGAUCAACCCUUUUGGAGAAGAUGAUGACGACUUUGAGACCAACUGGCUGAUAGACAGAAACUUCCAGGUUUCCAUGAUGGCUGUGGAUGAGAUGUAUGGAGAUUUGCCGAUGAUGGAGAGAGACCGUUACUGGAAUGACUCCAAUCCCCGUCCACCCUACACCGCAGCCACUCUCUUCGUCCUGCGUAAGCCCUCGUUCCAGGGGUCCACUUUUGACAUGGCGAUUCCUAAAGAGGAGAUGCACUUCCAGCCUCUGGAAGAUAUUGCUGAGAACUUGGAAGAGUCAGGAACUCGCCAUCCUAACAUGGCUCUCUUCAACCGCCUUCUCAACUCAGCCCCAUCACCGACUGGCCUAAUGGGAGGGGCCCUUCGACGCACCUCAGCACAGCUCCAGAGACUGCGCCACUCCCCCGGCAUUGACCAGUACAACAGCGAUGAUGAAGACGAGGACAGCUGUAAAAUAGGUAAAGCGGGGUCUCUGCCAUCAGGGCUCGGGCAGGAGACACAGAGCACUGUGUGCAGUUUUAGGGAUGAGAAGAGUGCCAGAACGCCUUUGCUGGAGAUUCAGUUUGGGUCUGAGCAGGACAGGCCAGGAGAGCAACCUGCCAUCAAGGAGAGGAAAGAGUUGAGUAGAGUGGAGAGUAAGUGCAACGAAGAGCACCAGAUUGGGGAAGAAGAAGGGAAAGGAGAGAGCGGAGAGACAACCAGAGCUCCAGUGUCUCUGCUUCCUCCCCCACCUAAGUCCUCCAGAGAGAAGUCUUCUCGACCAUACUCCUCCAUUCCCAUCACCUCGAGUCACCCCUCUGCUCUCCUCUUUCACCCAGCUGCCCACUCUAGUCUGGAGCUCUGCAGCUCUCAGCCAGCUAUCAGUCACAACAAAGCUGUGUCCACCCCCAAACCUCCCUUGGGAGGAAACAAAAUGUCCUUCCUCACUGUGCCGUCCUUCAGUGAACCUCAGCGUUUUCGCAGUGUGAGCAUGGGGUCAGAGCUCACAGGGUCUUAGGUGGACAGUUGGUAGGUUCACAUGAACUUGCGAUGGUUUGAAAAUAUAAGGCUUGAUGCAGUGCAUGCUUUCAGAAGUGAAGUUAGUCACUGAAGUGGGACUUUCAGUCUUACUAGUUAGUAGCACCUUCGCGGCCACAGUUUUUGGAAAUUAGUUUAGUACAUAAAGCACUCUGAUUUUGUCAUGCAACUUCUGAAGUUUGGCUUUCAACAAUGAUCUGUAAUUAGUUUCAAAAAUCAAAAGGAAGAGAGGGAUAGGAAAUAUGAAUAACACUAUGUUUUGAUAUGUUUAAAGGAAUACGAUGACCUUUGGAAAUCCAUGUUUGUCUAAGAUAGAAAAAAUCUAUUUAAGUUUGAUCAUUUUGAAUUACUGUAACCGGAAGCAGGUGGAAGAUUAUUGUUAUUUCUAUCAUUUUUAAAAGGGAAGAGCUCAGAGUAAUCUGCAUGCUGCAUCUUGAUAGUCGAUGAGAGAUAGCAGAUUUUAUUUUAGAGUUGUAAAACUUAAAACUUUUAACUUUAACCAAAGUUUAUUCUGAAAAGAAAGCAAAAUGCAUGCGUGACACAGUUUUCUAUGUUCAUCUAAUUCAUCUUGAUUAUUUAAAAAAGUAAAUACAUACACAUUUAUGACUUAUUGUUUUCAUUUUCUACUACUUAUUAUAAUAUAUUCAUAAUAAUAAUAUUGGCUUAAAUUAAUUAACACAAUAAUUCAACAAAAAAUUAUACAUUUGAUACACUGUUUCAACAGACCAAUGAAUGAGUAUCUAAAAACACAUGUAUAGUUAUAAUAUAGCUACAACACUGUUAUCUGCAAGUGCCAAAUGUACAUUCUGUACCAACAGUGACCAGCAGGGGGCGAUAGCAGCAAACAAAAAACAGCACAGGCACAGAAGUCAGUUAAAAGAAAAGUCAAAGUACUUAAGCAAGCCUCACACAGGCUUUGCUCCUACAAGAGGAUACAAUAUUUUUCACAUUUCAAACUAAGGGAUGUUAACUACAGUUUCUCCCGUCACGAAUCACCAUUUCGAUCAUGUCUAACAGUUGCCUCAGAGCUAUAUCGGCUCUUUGGAUUAAUAAACUACAUUUUUAACAUCUAAUAACAUGGAACUGAUUUGGGUGCAUGGGUUGCCCAGAGCCAAAACAAGACUAAGGAGCAAUCAUUUUAGGUGGCUUGGUUGAUUUAUAGGCAGUGAAAGACUUAUUAUGGGUGGAAAAGAGGAGUGCAAAAGGUCACCUCAGUAAAGUGGGAAGUGGGAGUUGUUUGGUCGCUCAUAUUUUUAGAUUCGUAUUGAUGCUGGCUCAGUCUGAUCUUCUUAGAAGCAAAGGAGAUGGGUAAAUAACAAAAACAAGAAACAAACAGUGAUAUUGUUUAAUCCAUGCAAUCACUUGUGGACUUGUUUUUAAGUUAGUGUUAUCCUCAAAGCCAUUCUUCUUAACUUUUAUGUAUGCUUUCUGAACAGUACUGCAGUACUCGUAAUGCUUUGCCAGGCUGCCAGGAUCCAUUUCCCCUCUUCUUCCUGUCUGGGCCUUGUUUAAUAAAUCUGUGACGCUUAAAAUCAAUUUAGAGAAACAAGCAGAUACGAGCUCACCUAUGAGAUAGAUGCCUUUGUGCAGACUUGCCUCUGCAUUGCUGCUCAUUAUUUCAGAUGGAUCAAAGACAAAUAUGAGCAGAACAUAACCAAAAUACAACUGCAUGACUGACCCAAUGACACAGCAGAAGGCCCAUGACCUACCCUCAUCACAGCUCAGUGCCGCUCUCGGCUGUUUUGGAGCAGAAGACCUUACGUACAGAACAAUAUGGAGAGGUGCUCCGAAGUGUUCUGCCUCCUCUCCAAAGUCAAGGAUCCCAUCCUGCUGAUCUGGGGACAUUCACUCAGUCCCUCGGGAGGGGAUUAGUUCAGUGACACAACACAAUAAGCUUGACACACGUGGAAAUAAAUAGGGUAUAAAGCUGCGUGUCAUAAAGUGUUAUCAGCACAAAAGUUACGACCUGGAAAACAAUGCUAAUAAAGUGAUGUUAGAGAUUGAGACUGAAUCUUUUUAUGAGCUGCAUCAUGUCGCAACAAUCUGAUGUUUCUACAAAGAGCUGGCACUUACUACGGUUACACAGACAAACAUGUUUGUUUGUCUGUGUAACUGAAGUUUCAGUGACCCAAAAAUUCUGUAAUUCCCCUCAUUAUCACUUGACCAGCAUCAAAGGCCAGCAGUAUCUGCAUAUCAGGGAACAUCAAGAAACACAGAAACUGUCCGGCCACAUGUGGCUAUACUUUUGUACUGAAGCCCUCUUUUGUCAGUCUCCCAGAGUCAGUUUUUACAAAGGUCAACCCAUUCCAGUCUUUGUGCUGGCUUCAGGGGAAAUGUGGUUGAUGCUUCUGUCAUUAAGUGUGAAAACAUGAGUGUGGGGGAGGAUUUCAAAGAAGUGUGCAUUUCUCUGGAACCAGGAGAACUGAGGUCAGCAAGCAGGCUUACUGAAACUAUCUCAGUAAGCCUAAGACUCAGAGCUGCUCUGCCGUCCAACAAUCAGCCUAUAUUUACCACAUAGUAGUGUGUGUUUGCACACUUCAGUACUCACACUGUUUAUAUGUGUUUGUCACUGUGUAGUUUCAGUUUAUGGACUUUGUGGAAAAAGAAGCGUGUUCCUGAAACAGAAAAAAGCAAAAGAAACAAAAAAUGUGGGAAGAAAGGAAACUUUCACAAGAUAAGCUUCUUGGAAUAUGAAACCUGUGAAUGUUUACUUUGUUAUGACAGAUGUGGAUCACAAGACCACAACAGACACAAGAAAUGCUGCAGAUUCCUGUUAGUUAGCAUUGCUUGAACAUCAGUUGUGAAAGCUUCCUCCUACUUACUUCAAUUUCUGCUUCAUCACAGUCAGUUUCCUCGCAUCAGCUUACCCAUACCAAAACCUAUAAAUAUAAAAACACUCAAGUUAAAGGAAAUUCUUAUUUAUUCCAUCUAUAUUUAUAGCUUUCACUAUAACUCGAUCGGGAAUGAUACACCGAUACACUUUAGUCCUGGGAACACAACACACAAGUCCAGCAGGUGUAUUAAAUAUGAGUGGGUGGAUGAUCAGUGAGGCCAACCACAAGAAGACGGAGCUCCUAAACCGCUUUAUUUCAAACUAAAACUGAAAGUGAGCACGCCCAAAAUGUCAGUAAUACGUUUACAUUGCUCAGAAAAACGGUGUGUGUGAGCAAAUAUACUGUAAGUACAGUAGAGCAACUCUGGAUCAGGAAGACGGGUUUUGAAAUGUGGCAGCUUACAACAGACACUCAUUGUCUGUGUUUUGUUUUCAAGUACUUGGGAAACCUGUCUGUCCACCGGACUGCUUGUGUUUCCUGUCCUGUUAGACUUUCCUGUAAUUUUGGCAAAAUCUCGGGGAGGAAAUCGCUUUUGUGUUAAAUGAAAACAACACAAGACAACACUAAUAAAAAAACUGUUUAAAUACAAAGAGAAUAUUAAAUACACGUUAUUGCCACUGAAAGAACUUAGAGCUGCAGUGUCUUCAUGAUUAUAAUAGAUAGUAAAACACACACACACAGACACGUGAAUGCAUGCACACAUUAAAAACAAGUUGUUAAUAUGGCAGCAACAAUAUUUUUAUUGAUUUGAUUUUCCAGUGAACUGUGCAGAAACUCCGUUUACUACCUCAGCAAAGUCUAACGUCCUCUUUCAACUGCGUAAACACACAUGUGACUGCAGUCAGUGUUUGUUGUACCGUUUCUACCCUGUACUUUCACAUUUGUUUUUGUCUGGUGUGCGUGUGUGUGUGUGUGUGUUUCGGGGCACUCCCUGUCUUACACGCCCUGCCUCGUGAAGCGGUAGCUUCUGUGCUUAAGGACUCGUCUGUCUCGUUCUCCCUGUGUGUGUCUGUCUAUCAGCCCUGUCUGUUACAGACUGGUUGUCUCUCUCGUAUCUUUUUGCUCUGUACCAACUUUGUUUAAACAGAACCACUCUAUCAGUAUCGUCUGUCAGAACAGAAUGAACCUACUGUUUCUGAAUGGUCUGCUUGACAGUGUGAUGUUAUCAAGAUGAAUGGCAGAACAAAGACUUGAUUUAAGACAAAGACUUAAAGCUUUGCUAAAUGUGUCUACAGGAAUCUUAAGUGUGUAUUUAACCCAGCAUGUAGCUUAUUUCCUUAUUGCGCUUUUUUCAGCUGGUCAACAGUCUUCUUAUCUUUCAAAGGUAAUAUUUGAUGCAACGUAUUAAUUAAAGUGCCUCGCUCGUGGGUGGAUCUUGUUACCUUCAGACACAAUCAAGCUUCUCGUUUCCAAUAUUUAUGCAAAGCUAAGCAAACCAGCUUAGCUCCUGUUUGAAAACAUACACUGAUUAUCUGGUCACCCACAUACGCUGACAAAUAUUUCAUCACAGCAGGGUGCAGGAGACCCCAGGGGGCCCAGGGUUGAAUAUCAGGAUUCCAGAUUCAGUAUACGCAUGUCUUAAUGCCUAAGCAAAAUAUAUAAACAUGUGGACUAUUCUCUUGAUGGUGCUUGUUCUUCAGUCUGCUGGCAUCAGAUGACACUUAUAUAAUUCUCUGCCAAUUUAUAUUUAACAACAACAACAACCUUCUCAGAUGUACUUCCAAAGGAUCAUUUUUAAAAAAUCUAAUUAAACAGGGUCCAUGGUAUAAUCCGAAUCAGUUUUUUUUUCCUUUUGGCAAAGGGUGAGCUGUGGGUGGAGGUGAAGAGACUUUGAUAUGAAAAGGUUUGAAAUCCCUACACCCAGUGUGCUUGCUACAGAUUCACUUUUCAAGUGUUGGCAUGCCAAAUGACAGCUCCCCAACAAAGUGACUCUGUUUCCAGAGCGUGUUUUAAAUUUGGUGAGUUUGCACCUGAGUGUCUCCGUCUGGCUGCCAACCUUCAUCCGCAGCAGCAGCGGCGGCCUCAGAGCUUCCUCUGCCCGGCCACAUCGAUGUUUAUGUCUGGGCUGCAGCUCUUCAGAAGUGGCCAGAAGCAACAAAACAUGUUUUUUCCCCUUUAGGGUCUGAAAAUUGGGUAGACAAUGUCUCCACAGUCGGACUGCAGCUUAUUAUCCAAGUCAACCUGAGCAUGUUAUUAUUGAGAGUGAGGUGGAGUAGAUUUUAGAAAGGGGAGGGAUUCAAAGUAGAAUGGAAAGGAUAAUUUUCUUGCGACACUGCAGGGUGGCAUGGCGAUGCAGUGGAGAGCACGGACACCUCACAGGCACACAGUUGCUGCUUUGAAUCCAGAGUUGGAUGGCUGCAUGGGUUCUCUCCGGGAACUCCUGCUUCCUCCCACAGCCCAAAGACAUGCAUGCUAGACUAGCUGAUGAUCCUAAAUUGAUCACAAGUGUGAAUGCGAGCAUGUCUCUUUGUAUUAACCCUGCUGUACACUGACCUGUCCAGAGUGUACGCCACCCCUUGCUCUAUGGCAGCUAGGACAGGCUGCAGUUCUCCUGCAACCCUGAAUUGGAUAAGCAGUUAAGAAAGUCAAUGGAUUAAUAUUGCACCUGACAUUAAAUAACCAGUCAUGCAGGGGUUUCCCUUUAAAAUCUACUGGUGGAAGUUCUUAAAAAUAUUCCAUUUUAUAAAAGUACUUUGCUUUUUUCUCAAAAAAACUGACAGUACUGGUUUUAACUCCCCAAAAAUAACUAACAGAGCUUAAUUUGAGGUAGAAUUUAACCUAAAGAUUUUGGACGCAGAGAUUAGAUUUAGGAACUGGCAGUUUAAACCUUAAAAAAAUCACCUAAAAGUCUGCUGACUGCUGUCAACAGUAAAAAACAAGACAAAAAACUUUCCUUAAACACUCCAUCAUCAAGUACAGCUGUCCAAAUCACAGACAAGAGUUUAUUCUAUUUUUAAAGAAGUGAAAACCAAAAACUGGUGUCCAUUCAAUGGUCUAUUAAUCAUGUAGUGACAGCAUAUCUUUAUCAGGACUGGUUUAAAUAGCUUAUCUUUUGUUGUCACUGGUGAAUACCUUUCUAAAUCAGCCCUCUGAGCCGUUAUGCACCUGAAGGGGUUAUGCUGAGUCCUCUGUUUUCACUAUACACAUUGCUUCUUCUGUCUAUUUUUAAAACACACAACACGUCUCUGAUGACACUCAUGUUUGCUGAAUCCGGCCACUUGCUCUCACUUUUUGUCAGUUUUCUAGCAUUUAAGCUGAUCGCGGUUCUGUGAGGUAGUAUUGCAGAAAUCAUGGAAGGGAUCUAGUCGUUCUUUCUUCUAUUCUGUUUAAAAUGAAAAUGAAAUCUAUCCUUAACUGUUUGUCAGGCACAUAAAGCCAAUCAGGCUUUCUCCCUGUGAGCCCUGAGAGUUUGAAAUAACCUUCAGAUCAGGCUUUAUUACUAUUAAUUAGUUUAAAUUUCUGAACUGAUUAGCCUAAGUUGUGUUGUUUUUUUUUAAAAAUGUGCACCACUGUAUUUGUUGUGUGUUACAUGUAAGUGCAUUAUCUAGAUUCUAGAUAAUAUUACUAGUAAGACUGAUGUGAUUUGUUUAGUGGGCUCGUUAAGUAUUUACCGUCACAAUAUUUGAGUCAUAAAGUGACCAACAGAUAAUGUCUUCUUUAAUCUAGAUAUUAAUGAGCGGUUAAUACAAAUAUGCUUAUCUCACUGACACUUGCAUGAGAAAGUUGAUACCAUGGGAGACUGAAAAAAUCCUUAAAUAAGGGAGAAAUCUUCAGCAGCAAAGAUGGUGGUGCAAAUAUAACUUGUAGGGGGAAAAGAUCACGUGAUAUCAAAACAAUCUGAAAACAAUGAUUGCUGGAAUGUUUGGCGCAGAUAGUGUUAAAAAUCAGUCUGGUUUUUAUACUCAUUAAGCAAUCAGCCCAGCUAUUGCAUGUCUCCCACAAAAUCGUCUGAAUUGGUUGCUUUAUUUUUCAUUUAUUCUGAUUUUCUACUCUCCCAACUAUAAAUGGUAUGUUGCCAGUUAACAUCAGUAGCAUGUCUGAAUUAUUUCUAGUUAAAUACAUUUGGAUGCGAAACAAAGCAACUAUCAUGGCCCUGUGAAGAAUAUCUUGAUAAAUCCAGCAGCUGGAGGGCUGCACAUCUGCACUGUGAACAGAUGGUAAGGGCAGAACAAACAAGGCUGCUCCAAGAGCUGAGGGAUGACUAGUCGAAGGCCGACUCCCUGCCCGACCUCUACCCCCCUCCUCCUCCUCCUCCUCCGUUUAUUCUUCCUCUUUUGCCUGCUCCCAUGUCACCCCUUGGCUCCCUGAUGGAUGCUGACAGUAACGGCUGUCCUCCGUUCCCUAACCCAUCACCCCAACCCUUCCGCUCCCAUCUCUCCCACCCCCUUUCCUCAUCCCUCCUUCACUCUUCCCUUUUUCCUCUUGCCCAUUCUGGUCUGACCAUGGUGACCUCGCUUUUUGAAGAUGUCAUCCUGUGGCUUGGCUUUGAGCUUCUCAAGGGACAAUAAUGCCUGAGCUCGGCUGUCAAAAGCACAUCGAGAGCAGGAUGUGCCGCCCAUCCAUGACUAUUAAUCUCUGGUGUUCAGUUAGAUUUGCUAAGACUGCAAGCAAAUCACUGCAUAUGUCUCUGAAAUACCAAACAUGUAGUUUUACAGCAGGUAUCAAUACUUGUCUCAACUCAAAUGAAACACAGAAAUAUUUUUUGAGGUGAGUCAUUUUGACAUCUGUGUUAAGACGAAACGGUUACUCAACGUGUCACAAGUGAGCUGAUCACCAUAUGUCAAUUGUUUCUUAAAACUAGGGUGUGGCAUAACCUUAAAAAAAAAACCCUCGCACUCAGUCAGACACAUGCACGCGUUCUUCUUCACUUCCUGUUGUGCAAUUUCAUAAACCUCCGACAGCAAACUUGUUGAACUGGAUAAAAGAUGGCAAGAUAAUGGGCACAGAAGCUCGAAAUAAAAGUGGGGCAAACUUACACACAAACACUCCACAUUUCCCGCUGACAUGGGUCAGUAAUGAUGAAGUAAACUUUAUGAAACAGCACAUGAGAGGGAGGGGAAAGUGGGAGAUGUCAUCUUUCGGUGAGGACAUGCAUUAUUCAUGCUGUCAGAGGAGACGUUGGUGAAAUCACAAGAGUGUAAGUAAUAGCGUGUGUCACAUAUAUCAACAGCAAUGAUGACCUCAUUUUUAGCGCAUAACUAUGCCCGCCCACACAAUCUUUAAGGAGCCCCAGAUGCACGAGGGUGCACACACCUUAAAAACACGUGUGUGCUGUUUUUUUCUUUUCUUUUAUUAAUCAUUAAAUUAUAAUAAGUCUAAAAUAAUAACAUUAACUUGUGUUGAUAACAGGGAGUAGACAUUCUGUAGACUUUCUUAAAAUGUAAUUACUCUGAAGCAUCUUUAUCUUUCUCUCGCCUGCAUAUAGAUACACACACUUUUAUAGGCACAGCCAGCGGUGCAAGACGAACCCUUACUCUUUGCAGCACCACAGCUACAUAAAAUAGCACUCUUUUAUUUAGUAUGCCAGUUAAUAUGUCCCAAUACUUAUGGUAUGAUAACAGUAACUGGUCACAUUUUGCAGGAUGAAAGCCAGCACGCUUUUCUGCCUAAUCUGACCUCCUGUGCAGGAAACUACAAGACAUAUAUCAAGAGGGAGCACAGAUGCUUUAAGUUAUAUAUCACAUGGUCAUGUUGCGUACCUUUUAUUUCAGUUAUUAUGCUAUAUUAUAUUUAACAUAAUAUUUAGGCAGACAAAUGUAUACCCACACUCAUUUAAGGUUCACAGCUGGAGCGUUUUCCUCCAUUGGGAUAUAUGUUUUCUAUCGCUGCAUGCCAGGCAGCAUAUGACUUACAGCUGUGCAGAAAAAAUACACAUAUACUUUAUAAGUAAAGUCAUGUGAAAAGAAAGUUUUCAUGCACUAAGUACUCUCUUAUUUCUUCAGUGGGAAAUUAGAGAGUAAGUAGCAGCCAGGUGCUGAUAAUCAAAUCCAUUUGAUCAACUGAUCAUUGACAAGUGUGAAAAGCUCUAUAAAAGCAGUUUGCUGGUCUAGAGGAUUCAGGUGUGUGUUAACACAAUGCCACAGGCUCAGGACUGGGGUGAAAAAAAACCCCUCAAGAGCUACAUCUCAGACUCUAAGUUAAAUCUUAAAGUUCAUGACAGUUGGAAAGACUGAAGCCGGGCGCGGCAGCAAAUCUGCAACACAAUGACAGGAAAAGAAAAGAAACAAGGUGUUGCAAAGUUUAGACCUCAGCUUAAUAGAAGUAGUGUGGUGAGAUAUUAUGACUUUUGCAUAAACAAAUGACUGCAAACCUCAAUGAAGUGAAUCAACAUUAUAAAGAAGAGUGAGCCUAAAUUACUCCCCAAUGAUGUGGGAGACUGAUAAAGUCAUACAGAAAACAGUUACUUUGAGCUAUUGCUGCUGAAGGUGCAGCAACUGAAUCUUGGAGUGUACUUUGGUUUUUCUGCUCAUAAAUUGGUGGUCCAUGAUGAUAAAUGAACUUCUGAACUGGUUUAACCAUAAGUGCAGUGGCUGGUACAUUCUUUGACGUAUAUGUCAAAGUUCAAAAUGAUUAAGACGGUCACAUUGGUACAAUUCAAUUUUAUAAAGAAAUCCUUGUCUCAUUCUGCGCUUUCAUAGUAUGACAUGCACUUUCUUUCUUUGCUGCGCUCGUGGGCGUAUUAAAUGCGAUAAUCUUCCCAGGAGUGGACCGUUGUGGGCACAGCCACACUUAGGGAGUCCAUGAUUUAGAGCCACCAAUUAACUGAGCAAACAUGGAGAAAAUACACCCUUUGUUUAGAGGCCAACAGAAAAAAUAUCUGAGAGUAAUUACAUGAUUAAGAAAGGAAAGAAAAUGGAGAACUCCUCUAUCACUUGGUACUUUCCUUGGUCUGUGACAUAAUAAUGUCUUCUUUCUUUUUACUAGGGAAAGUGGGCAGCUUUCUAGAAUCUUUUGUAAUGUAAUGUAAUGAAAACACACACACACACACACUAAACUGUGUUCAGCUGUUUUUGUCCACAUAGGUGUAGUACCUGGCAGCAAAGCUAAACACCCGUCCGUCUACUGCCACACCUGGCUAGAACCGCAGACAACCACUUGGCAAUAAACUCUCUUUCAUACAAGCAGACAUGAGUGUACAUAACAACACACACCCACACACCACCACACUCUCAUUUGUAGCCAUGAUGAGAUGAUAUCUGGGGCACAAGUCAUUGCCAUUGUCACAACACAGACAUGCUCACAGACAGACAGACAGUGAGGCCGCACGAAACAUUUCUGCAAACACGAAGCAGACUUCAGUACACUCCCACCUUCUCAAGGGGAAAGAAACUCCUCUAAAGUAGUGAGCAGUAUUUUCCCAUGGCCCUCAAAGCCACACACACACAAACUACUCACAUAACAAAAUAUAGUCAUCAGCUUUGUGGUAAAGACCUUAAAAUAUUGUCGACUAUCAAACACAUCUCCCUCUCUUUAGUUUCACAAAGCAAUAUGUUCAGUGAUUGCAAAUACUUCUUCAAUGAGGAGACUGCGGGGCAGGUUCUUUCCCGAUUCCUCACCUCAGGCAAACCUGAAGCCAGGAGGGGAUGUCAAUAAUUUCCCAAGCCUUCAUUUUCCACUUCUGUUCUUGUCUUGUCUUGCUGCCUGUUGUUUUGCUGUUCAGGAGUCUUGAGAGGUGAUCUCAUCUGUGCCAUGCUCCUCAGCCCCUGCUCCCAAAACAACAGUGUAUUUAUCUGACCAAAAUAGCCACCUCGGGCUGGAAAAACCCUAGACAAACAGAAAUAGUCCAAGAGUUUCCAAGGAAGCUGGUCUGGACUGGAGGUGAUGCUUUUGACUGACAGCAGCCACGGGGCAACAGAACAAGACUCUACAUUUCCAACACUUAAAGUGGUGUUUAAACGCAGAUAAAUAAAAGCUCCUAUCAUUACAACUACUUCUUAGAACCACAACAGCUCGAAAGUGCAGUUCAAGGGAGGAAAAACAAAGCAAUUUAAGCUCAUUUAUAUGAAUUAUUAUUAUAUGAAUGAUUCUUUUAUUACAUGCAACUUUUAUUAUGAGUCCCUUAGAAGCAAUGUUAUUCAACGUACUAAAGGCUAAACAUUAAACAAUCCAAACUAUGAUAGAUUUAUCUGUAUUUAUGUAGUAUUCAUAUCGGCAGCUUAAAGCAUUGGAUUGGAGGUACCUACCGAGAAACAGCUGCUCCUUUUUCACCUGCAUUUUUGAUUUAAUGAACACUAAUGAGUCUAUUCAUGAAUUUCAUCAAAUGUACUUAAUAACCAAGAAGUUCUUAAACUGUGGGUCAUGGGGCCACUGCAGGUGAGGUGUGGAGGACCAGGGGAAAAACUCUGAGUGUAACUAAACUGAACAAUGGAAGUACAAGACUUUGUUGAUGUUACAUUGCUGACUUUGGAGGGUUUUUCCUUCAUUUUCUAUGACUGAUAAAAAAUGUGGGGUGCUGAGUGUGAAGUUUUUCAGUCUGAAGUAGGGUAAGGCAAACAAAAGCCUGCGAACCACUGACCUAGCACAACUGAACAACUUCCCCUAUAUAUCUGUAGUCCUUUGAAGAAGUUGUUUACAGCAGCAUGUUUAGACUGUCUUGUGUUUGAAUCCAGGUGAGGCCCCCGCAUGUUCUUCCCAUGCUUGAGUAGGUUUUUUCCCAGAGCUCUGGUUAAUCCCACCAUGUUGUAAAAGACACUCGCGAGAGUGUUUCUUAACCUGUGGAGUUUCACUUCCAGAUUGACAAAAAAAAAAAAGAGUUCACUUUCUAGAAAAGUGACAUAGGUAGCAACAGUUAGUAAAUUGUUCCAAAAUAAUAGCCUUUUGUAAUAAUUUUGAGGCAAGUGUAAGACAAUUAUAAUAUAUUCCAUCAUAUUCAUCAGUUUAGAAAGUUCAGAUUACUCUGAAAAAUGCAAUGGAAAAUACUGGUGUAUUUUAGGCUAUUUUAAACCGCUGAGAGGAAAAUUAACAAAAUAACAAAAAAUGUUCUGGGACUGAAAAGGUUAACAGGAAAAAAGGAGACAAACCUCAUGAUUUUCACUUCUGUUUUUAACUUGUGCUGUGGUUUUAAACCUGUGUUCACCCCCCGGUACUGCCUUGAAGAAAUUGUUUAACCUAUCUUCCUGUCAUUAUAAGGUUAUAAGGCAGGAAACCAGC